GUUUACGGAGUUUUCUUCCAGUCACAGUCACAUUUCGCUUUAUCGAAGAGCUACUGCACUCUGAGCAAUAGCUACACUUUACGAUAUCCUUCCUGGUUAUUCCAAGCUAGGCCGGAGAGGCUGCUUUAUAUGCAAGUGCAAAGUUCGGUCGUUUGGUCGAAAACUUUAUCGAAUCGUUUUAGCAUUGAUAAAUGUGCAUGUAAUGUUUGUGUCGGGGUUAUUGUAAACAUUUAUGCAUGGACUUGUUUAUGUAUUGUGCGUGUUGUUAAUUUUUGGAAGUUGGGGUCUCAUCCUUAUAUACGAAGCCGAUUCUGAUGUAUCGGAUCAGUGAGUUACCAUCCAUCGAAGCGAAUGUAAGAACGAGAGUAUCGACGUCUUGAGAAAAACAAUGUUGAAGAAAUACGUACUAGUGAUGGACAUGUGCAAGUUCGUGGUAAUUUUGAUUCUGUAUUUCUCCUCGUCAUCGUGCUAUCCGGCGAAGCCUUUGAACGAGAGGUCCCCGGACCUGACAUGGGAGGCUUGGUUGCUCGUCGACGAGCAACAGAACCAGAACAAGCAACCCUCCGACGGGGUCCUACGCAGAAGAAUCACCCCCAAAUCGGUUUUCAUAGCGCCCACCUUCAGUCCCGAAUCCCUCCCGGCCUGCGCUGAAGGCUACAGCUCCGACCACCUGGGCAGAUGCAUCAAAAUCAUCAAAUUGGACCAGGCUGCUCACUACGACUUCCUCAUCGAAAGAUUGAAGGAGAAAUUCUCACCGGCGGACUACGAGGACGAUUAUUACGACGACACCGAAGCCACGCCGGGUCCCUUCCAAGUGAAUAUCCCCCUAGGGAUCCAAACCGACGACGACGAUGCCGCCGAAGAAAUCAUCGAAGAAUCCGACGUUGCCAUCAUCGUUUCGCCCACCAAACCGCAAAUUAACGUAGACAAAAGGGCCAGUUUUGAUGCGAGCAAAGACGAAGCUAAGCAAGAGAAUCUUCUGAAACGCCUAGCAGAACCGACCACAACGGAAAUCACAACAACCACCAUUUCCGACACAACUACUGCCUCUACACAAACCGAAACAACUCCAACAGAGACCACUACAAUCGCAGAAACCACCACUAAUUCAGAACCGACCACUACUGAUGGUGAUAGAGUAAGAUUCACCGAUGAUCCUCUUCAUUACAAAUUCAGAUUCCCCGGUAUUGGGGACAUAGCGGCUUCCUCUUCCACGUCAGUGAAUCAUGUACCUCGUGCCGCUGAAAGUAGGCAACUCGAGGAACCGGUGGAGCCUGUGAAUUUCGAUUUUCUCGCUUCGAGGGAUUCCCGCCCAACCGCUACUCCUCACACGCCUGUAAAUAGAAGGAACCGUGAUAGGAACAACGGGUUGUUCAUGUUGCCGCCCAGGUGGAGCGACAGCAGCUAUCAAAGGCCGGUGGUUCUGAGGUUCUCCAGGAAGCACGCAUAUUUGGACAUGGAGCAGUUCAAAAAGCCCAAUUACUACAGGUCGAUUCCCACGGACGAUUUUGCCUAUCUGUUCAAGUUCAAGCAUAAACAGAGGUGAUUCUCGUGUGAUUUAUUCUCUGCGUAAUGUAUAUUUAUUUUUAUUUAUCUCGUGUAUAGAGUAGAUUAUUUUACUGUAUCAGUACUUACUUAUAUGUAUAUGGUUUCUUAGCUCACGUCUCAGAUUAUUUGGAACAAAUUGUAGUACAAAAUGCGAAACCGUAGAGCUUGGGAAACUCUAUAAAAUUUCUUAACGGCUCGAAAGAAAGUUGUAAUGGAAUAGGUGAAAAUUUUUUCUAGUUGUUGAUUAAUUAGAAAUUAAUUUUCGCGCCGACUCUGAAAUUGCCUUGACAAAUUUGAUUCAUUAAAACUGGAUGUUUAUGGAUAACGCGCACUAAUGCAUUUCGCUCUUUUAAUGAAAGAACGGUUGUAAAUGUUUUUCUCAUGAAAUUUCAAAAGUAUUUUUUAGAGCCUAAUUUGCUACAAAAUCUUGAUAAAAAAUUAUAAGUAAAGUAGGUACACGUAUUGUUUAAUCAACUUAAUAUUUUUAAAUGUAAUUGACUAAUGUUCUAAUGAAAAUGUUUGUUGUCGAGAUAAUUGAUCACAUUUCUGUACUCUUCAAACUUUAAAUAACUUAAUUUCUUAAUUGAUAUUGUGACUUCUCAACGAUAUUAAUUCUUGUUUUAAACAAUAAUUGUCAACGCAAUACUAGUUACAUAUGCCAAAAACAACGAUUAUAAUAAACCCUUUAGUGUUAAGAAUGCUAAUUUAAGAAGUAUUGAGAAACCCAUAAUAGCAAACAAAUAUUUCAUAUUCCAAAGUAUCAUCACAACACAUUAAUUUUUUACCACUGUGUACAAUAACAUCAUAAAAUAGUGUAUUAAGUAUUUAUAGCCUUAUUUAUUUUAUACACUUGUAUAUUUCUACAAAGCUAAUGUUUUAUUUAUAUUUAUAUUUUUUCACAUACUAUUUAGGCAAUUAAUUAUUCGGCAUUUAAAGUUUCAUCUGCAUUCACUUUAAUUGGCAAUAAAUUAAGAUGAAUUUAUUAUUGCGUACAGAAGCAAAAAACGUCCUCAGAUUUUUAUUUGUUAUCGAAACGCACAAAGUCAAAUGGAAUUUUUUUAUUGAUUAGGUAUCGCCAGUUGAGAAAACCGAUAUAUCCUUAAGAAAUAACGGUUUUACACGUUGCGGUCAUUAAAACUAACCAUUUUAAAGUUAAUUAACUCGCAAUGAGUAAUAUUAUGGUAAUUUAAUUUAAUUUCAACUACGUUAAGAGCUGUAAUGGGUUUUUUCAGUUUUUUUGAAAAAUCGCACAGAAUGGUAAAUUUGAAUAAAAAGAAUGUUAAUCCUUUGGCCGCAAAAUAAAAUUUGUGGUCAAGAUUUUCAUCGCAAAUCUUUCAUUCUGUAAAUAAACGAGCGCCAUAUAUGUAUGUAAUUCAUGAUUAUUCAAAAAUUAUCUAAUAACUCAAUAAGUAUUAUUACAAUUUUAAAAUAACAUUAGCUUUUAGGUUGUAUCAGUAUUAAUCAUCCGUCAAUUUUUUUAACAUAGUGCUAUUGCUUGUACAUUUUUAACGACUUAUUUCUGCAUAAAUUUUACAAUUUCAUGUACAAACUGUAUAAAAACGUAUUAGUGAUAAAAUAAGUAAACAUGCUAAUUGUACGAGUUAUUUAUUCUUUAUAUAUUAUGUAUUGUUUAAACUGAUGUAAUUUGUGCCAGUAUACUCGUCUAAAAAUUCAUAAAAAAUACAUCAAAAAUUCGUUUUAAUUGAAUAUUCCUACAAACAUAACAAACUGUAAACAAGAACAAAAUUACAAAGGGAGUAACAUGAGCUUCAGAAAAUGUUCUCACUAUACAGGGUGCCCCUUAAUAAGUAAAAAAUACAAGAAAUUAGAAACUUUAAUAAAGUUCUAGAUUGGUAGUAAUAGACAUCUAGUAUUAUAAAGCUAUUAUAGAGUAAAAAUUAACUAGGUAAUUAUUUAAUGCAUAUUUGUCAAAAGUAAAGAACUUCUCAGAAUUAUUAGUAGGUACUCGAGUCCAUGAAGUGUUUUUUUGUAAUACUUUCUAUUAUGUUUGAUAGAAUCCAAACCAUUAGGUAUCAAUUUCAAAAUAAACAAUUUUUACAAGAAAAUUGGGAAUUUUAGCACUAUUUUGGCUCUACUGAAGUAUUUUCGUCUUUUUAAGGGACAUCCUUUCUGUACAAAAUUCUUCACACUUACUCGAGCAUAUUUGUCACUACUAAAAAAAUUGUCCUUAUUGCAAGUAUAUUACAAAGGUACAAAAUGAAUGAUUGUACAUUAUUCUACGUUCUUAAACUGUCUAUUUCCGAUUUCGCUAUCCUUUCUAAAUCAUCCAAACUUAAGUUUUCGACUUUCAUGUGGAAAUUCCUCAUAAAUUCGUCUACGAUAACUUUGCACUGUUCCUCUGAAUAGUACUUUCUCAAAAAUACGUGAAGUAUCGUGCUGAAAGAUUCGGGUUUUUUGAUUGCAACGUACAAUUUAGUCCCGUCUUUAACUUUCGGAUAUUCUACCAAACACUUGUCGUCUUGAAGGCAUUUGCCGUUUAAUAUCAGCGUUUGUUGGAAGACUGGAAUUUUCAAGUCCCUUUCGACGAGCUUCUUUAGUUCUGAAACUGUAGAAUUUUCGCUAACUUCUACUAAGCAGCUACCACCUUUCAAACACUUUACUGUUAUUUUCAUUUUUUAAACGAUAACUCGGUAUAAUUGAAAUUAGACCAAAAAUAUUUUUACCAAUUUUUAAUGGACUGAAAUGUCAAUGUC